UGCUCAUAUGUAUUCCUUGGUUUCCAUACACAGGAGGAAAUGGAGGCUGAAGUUAGAAAACUUCGGAAAAGUCUCACUUUCCAUGCCACUCCCAUGCCUAGUUUCUACAAAGAAUCAGCGCCACCAAAAAGAGAAAUAAAAAAGAUACCUUUGACACGUGCAAAGUCUCCAAAACUUGGAAGGAAGAACACCAACUCUGGGACGGAUUUAAAUGUUGGCUCUCAAGCUAGUAAGGAUGAUUUGAAUCAAGAGAUUAAAAAAAAUGGCCUUAUUGAGAAGCAUACAAACAGAAAUGAGAAGAAUGGAAAGACUUCUCAGUCAACAGAAACCAAUCUAAUCCCAAAAAAGAAUCAAAAGAAGGAAACCUCUACGAAGCCAAAUGGAAAGCAGUCAAAAGCUAUGCUUAGAAAUAGUGAGGCUUCUGAAAUAUAUGCCAUAGACGUCAUUGGGAAAAGAAAUUCUUCAUCAGAAGAGGAUUAUGACGGAUCCAAGAAAGGGAAAGGACCACCUUCGACUGAAGAAAUUGAUGGGAAAAGCGCCGAUUUACCUUCAAGGGAAACUACAGGAAUAACCUUAUUACAAUCUAAUCAGGUCUUGGGUUCAGAGGAAAAUAUCCUUGCAAGUAAUUCAAUUCCGAUUCCAAUGGUUUGGAAGAAGGAUGAUAUCGAGAGUGGAACAGAUAGAGAAACCAUUACAGGAGGCAACAUGGACAUGGUUGAACACAAGAAGGUUUCCAAUGAUUUUGAAGAAAUGGUGGUGGUACAAAAAGUUCAUGAGGCAAUCAAUAGCGAUGAGGUUAUGGAUAAAAACAGCUAUACCUCCAAUCCUGGAAGUGGAGGUAAGAAUAAAAUAAAAUCAUCUUGUAGUAGUCAAGAAUUAAAAGACAGAGCUACUAAGCUAGCAAAGCAUGACCGACAAAAGUCAGCUAUGGUUACAGGCAACGGAAAACAAGAAACUACCAAAACUUUUCCCAUAAGGCGUGUUACUAAAGGCAGUACGGGAUUGAAUGCUUUUGUAACAGAUGUAACUGUAGCUUCCUAAGGAUGAAACAUUGAUUUGCUACACGAUUUGGGUAAUGGGAGGUGACUUGAAUCAGAGCCAUUCCGUAUAUAAAUCAGUACCUAUUGUCUCAAAGUAGAGUUAUACAAAUAAUUUUGCCAGAAAUAGGCUAAGGAUGCAAUAGCUAUUGUCAGUAGUGACAUCCCAGGAAGCAAUUUCAAGAUCGAGAUAGAAGAGUUCCAGAAGACGAGAGAUUAUUCAUGUUGCCCAUUGCACUUGCUUAUUUUUAGCUGGGAAUGCCUAUAUACCAGAGUUGCCUGUAAUAUGAAAAUUAAGCCAUGCUAUGGCUAUCAUAUAAGGGAUUGCUGCAGAUUGUCUGCUAUUGAUGGCUUUGUUGAGUACUAGUGUUGAAUUUUGUGCUUUCAUGAAAUUGAAUUAAAUUUUUAAUUUUCAUGUGAGAGCUUUGGCAUA